ACAAUAGUAGUACUGCUCCAACUACAUGCAAUGAUGAAUGACUUCAAUUCCUCCAUUUCAAACUCGGUAUCAUCAACUCCCAAUGCCAAAUGGGCCUCAAUCGGGUCGAUCUUCCGGGAAGAAGGCCACAUUUACUCCCUCGCCGCCGCCGGAAAUAUGCUCUACACAGGCUCCGAGUGCAACAGCGUUAGAGUAUGGAAAAACAUGAAAGCUUUCUCGGGAUUCAAGUCCACGAGUGGGAUGGUGAAAGCCAUUGUCCUCCUCAACGGAAAGAUCUUCACCGGUCAUCAAGAUGGCAAAAUCCGGGUAUGGACCCUCUUCGAUGAUAAACCCACCCGCCUCGGCUAUUUGCCCAAAACCAAGCAUUUGUUGCUCAAAUCUUUGAGCCCCAAAAGCUACGUUAAAGUGAAAAGGAAUCGUAAUGUUCCGUGGAUAAAGCAUUACGACGCCGUUUCAUGCAUGAGCGUCGAUGAAUAUCACGGCCUACUGUACUCGGGCUCAUGGGAUAAAACCCUCAAGAUUUGGAGAAUCUCUGAUUCCAAAUGCCUCGAGUCCGUUGCGGCGCACGACGACGCCGUGAAUUCCGUCAUGGCGGCGCCGGGCGAGAUGGUCUUCACGGGAUCCGCUGAUGGGACGCUCAAGGCGUGGCGGCGGGAGUUUGUCGGGAGGAGGACAGAGCAUUUUCUGGAGGGCGUGCUGAUGAAUCAGGAGCACGCCGUGACGGCGGUGGCGGGAGUCGGAGGGGGAGGGGCUGUGUAUGCGGGAUCGUCGGAUGGGCUGGUGAGAUUUUGGGAGGUUGGGAAGCGGAUGGUGGCGUGCGGCGGUGUUUUGAGGGGGCACAAGGUGGCGGUGCUGUGUUUGGUGGCGGUGGGGAGAUUGGUGAUGAGCGGAUCGGCGGAUAAGAGCAUAUGUGUGUGGCGGAGGGGCAGCGGAGGAGUGCAUGAGUGUGUGGCGGUGCUGAGGGGGCAUGGUGGGCCCGUGAAGUGCCUAGCGGCGGAGGAGGAGGGUCGUCGUCGGUGGAUUGUAUAUAGUGGGAGUUUGGAUAAGAGCGUUAAGGUUUGGAGGGUGUCUGAGUGAGGUAUAGUUCACACUCGAGUGAAGAGUAGAUGUAGGAUUGUGCUUUAACUUUGUUUUAAAACUGCCAAAUAAAUUACUACUGUGACUUAUUUGUACUUUAGCAUUUUUUUUUUAAAACUUGACAAAUGUUUGUUUGCCAUCAAAACUCAUGCUCGUCUUAUGGCUUGAAUUCGACAUGAUGACACGUUUCUGUGAUUCGUAUUUAAUCAGAAAGAGA